AUGCUCGUCCCCUCUCUGCUCAGCCUGGCCCUCGCCGGCGUCACACUCGCUGCGCCGCAGGGUCGUGGUCCGCCAUCCGGCCCUCCUGGCCCGCCUGGUCCGUCAUCCGGCCCUCCUGGCCCGCCUGGUCCGCCAGGCGGGCCUCGCCCUCGGCCGCAGGCGCGUGCCGAGCCGCUGUACCCGCACGACAUCCAGGGCCCCGGCUUCACCUCGCCGCUCGCAGGACAGAACGUGACCGACGUCCAGGGCAUCAUUACGGCGAUCGUCAGCAACGGCUGCUACAUUCAGACGCCGCAGGAGCGCCGCGACCGCGACGACCGCACGAGCGAGGGCCUGUUCGUCUUUGGCACCGGCAGGUGUGCCGGCGCCGUCGGCGACCUCGUGAGCAUCAACGGCACGGUCUCCGAGUACACGCGCGCCCGCACGAACCUGCGCACGACGGAACUCUCGGACGUCACGGGCGCUGUCGUCGUUGCCGCAGCGGGCACGCCGCGCGCACGUAAGAUCGAGCCGCUGGUUAUUGGCAAAGAGCGCAGCCCGCCGACGGAGUGGAUCGGCGUCAAGAACCAGUUCGAGCUGCCGGCCAACACGUCGACGCUCGAGUCAGGCCCGCGUGCCAACAGCCUCGACGUCGAGAACUUCGGCAGCGACUUCUGGGAGAGCCUCGAGGGCAUGCUCGUGACGCUGCAGACGCCCACUGUGCUCGGCCCGCUGGACCGCUUCAACAACACGUACCUGCGUCCUGCGGGCAUCCCCACCACGUCGGGCAACGCUCGUGGCGGCCUCACGCUCGCCGCCAAGGACGGCGUGCCGGCCGGCGACUCGCGCUUCGACGCCAAUCCCGAGGCCAUCGAGGUCGGCGAGCCGCUCGACGGCACCUUCCUUCCGCUCGACCUCGUCUUGUCCAUCGUGCUUGCAGACACGACGGGCAUCGUCUCCUACGACUUCAGCACGCCCGUGUUCCUGCCCCUCACUGCGCCCGCGGUCAUCAAUCGCGAGGUCGUGCCGGCUCAGCCCACGAACCUGACCUCCUCGAGCGCUUGCUCGCUCACGGUCGCCGGCUACAAUGUCGAGAACAUGUCGCAGCGCGACGGCGACCGCAUCGCACAGGUCGGCCAGCACAUUGACCAGCUGCUGCGCGACCCCGACGUCAUUGCACUCAACGAGAUCCAGGACGACAGCGGCGCGACCAAUAACGGCGUCGUCAAUGCCAACCGCACGCUCACGGCCAUCAUCGCCGCGAUCAAGGGCGCGCCGUACGCCUUCACGCAGAUCGACCCGCAGCCCGGCAACGUCGACGGUGGCGCGCCCGGCGGCAACAUCCGCCCUGCCUUCCUCUACCGCACGGACCGUGUCAAGCUCGCUGGCAACGCACCUGCCGGCAACGCCACGCAGGCCGUGUCGGUCUCGGGCUCGCCGGCGCAGCUCAGCCUCAACCCCGGCCGCAUCGCUCCUGCCGACCCGGCGUGGCGUGCGUCGCGCAAGCCGAUCGUCGCGCAGUUCGAGAAGCUCGACGGCGGCGCUCAAUUCUUCGUUGUCGCCGCGCACUUCACUUCCAAGGGCGGCAGCACAGACCCGUACGGCCCGACGCAGCCGCCGACGAACGGCGGUGUGCAGCAGCGCAUUGCGCAGGCCAGCGUGCUGCGCAACUUUGUCGAGCAGCUGCUUGCUGCGCAGAGCGACGCCGCCGUCAUCCUUGCGGGAGACUUCAACGAGUUCUCGGGCGUCCAGCCGCUCGACGAGCUGACCGGCGGCGGCGCCAUCACCGAGAUUGCCGUCGCUGAGCGUGUCGAGCGCUGGAGCUACAUCUUUGGCCAGAACGCACAGCAAAUCGACCACGUCUUCGCCGCCGGACGCGCGGUGGCCGGCGCGGUCUCUGAGCUCGUGCACGCGAACACCAUCCAGACGGACGCUGCCCGUGCGAGCGACCAUGACCCUGUCAUCGGCAGCUUCCCCGUCUGCUGA